AUAAAAGAGUGCAGACAGUGGUGCUUCAUCGCACUGAACACAAUUAUCAGUCUUUGGACAAGAUCAGACGGGAAGCACCGAAAGGCUUGAAAUAAAAGGAUCAACCAUGUUUAGAUUUCUACUGCUUUUCCAGUUGAUUGUAUUUGUAAAAGCGCGAACGAGGUUUGAUUUUGAAGACGAAAUUUUUGAUGAUUUACUUAAGCAACAGUUGAACGAUCCAAAUCUGAAUCCUGGCUUUGAUCUCGACGCGUUUCGCCAAAAUCAACUUAAUUUACACAACUAUUAUCGAUCGCUACACGGAGUGCCUGCCAUGACUCUAAAUGAAACGUUAACAAGCCAGGCACAAUCAUAUGCAGAAUUAUUGGCGGAAAAAAAUAUAUUUGAGCAUUGUGCAGAUGACAAGAAGGAUGAUAUUAAUAAUGAAGUUAGCAGCUGUGAGGAAAAGGGAACAUGUUGCUAUGGAGCUGGAGAGAAUUUAGCAACGGCGUUUGGUAGUACACGAGCUGAAACAAACGCCACCAAAAACUGGUACGAUGAAAUCUGGGAUUACAAUUUCUGUUUUGACCGAGGUGAUAGCUCAGAGUCUAAGAAAAGACCAGGUCACGAGGACAAAGAUAUUGGCCAUUUUACGCAGGUUGUAUGGAAAGACUCACUUCAACUCGGCAUUGGUUACGCUCGAAGUGCGGACCGUACAAAGGUUUACGUUGUCGCUCGUUACACACCUCCCGGAAAUUUCAUUGAUGAUGGACAGCACACGGAGAAUGUCAAAGUUCCCGGUUAUAUUCUGGAUACUUUCCAAAAUAAUUGCGAUGGUGUGAACGGAUCGCUCUCAGACUGGAUGGAUCCGGGACCGUGUACUAGAAGUUGUGGAGGUGGAAUUAAAUUUCGUACAAAAACGUGUACAAAUCCCAAACCUUCGCUGAAUGGAAGAGAUUGCGAGGGACCCACAAAGGAGCUUGCUGCUAGAGAAUGGUGUAAUACUCAUCCGUGUUCUGAAACCACGCAUCAUCGUGACCAGCAAUGCCUUGCUCGUGGGUAUACAACUGGCAGACACCACAUUUUCCCCAAUGAACAGUGCAAUCUAUUAUGCUUUGUCGAGGGAAGCAACCUUCUUUCUCGUGCUGGUCAUGUUGAUGAUGGUACACAUUGUGAUGGAGGCAGUGGAGCAUGUGUGAGUGGUAUUUGUCUGGAUAUGCCUGAGUAUGUCCCUGGUACCGCACCCCCAUCCACAACAGCCCUGCCUACCACACUAGCACCUGAAACAACCACACCAGAACCACCUACCACUCCCGAACCAGAAACUACCACACCAGAACCAUCAACGCCUCCUGAACCAGAAACCACCACCACUGAACCAGAAACCACCACCACUGAACCAGAAACCACCACAACAGAACCACCAACUCCUCCUGAACCAGAAACCACUACAACAGAACCAGAAACCACCACAACAGAACCAGAAACCACCACACCAGAACCAGAAACCACCACAACAGAACCACCAACUCCUCCUGAACCAGAAACCACUACAACAGAACCAGAAACCACUACAACAGAACCAGAAACCACCACAACAGAAACCACUACACCUGAACCAGAAACCACCACAACAGAACCACCAACUCCUCCUGAACCAGAAACCACCACACCAGAACCAGAAACCACCACACCAGAACCAGAAACCACCACAACAGAACCACCAACUCCUCCUGAACCAGAAACCACUACAACAGAACCAGAAACCACCACAACAGAAACCACUACACCUGAACCAGAAACCACCACAACAGAACCACCAACUCCUCCUGAACCAGAAACCACCACAACAGAACCAGAAACCACCACAACAGAACCACCUACAACUCCAAUGACCACUCCAUCACCAAUUAAAAGUGAAAUAGCCCGCGGCUUGCUUCGUUAUCGUGCUAGACCCCGCCUGUUAUUCACUGUUCCAAGCGGAGCUUCACAAAUCCAGUUUGCCAAGUUUAAGAGGACAGGGAGCCGAAUCAAUCGAGGAGUUCGUUUUUUUUUCCGCUUAUUAAAGGAAAAUGGUGAAGUUAAAAGCUAUCGAUUAACGCUCUUUAAUCGACGUGUUCUCUCGAGAUAUACCGUACCGGCUGGAUGUGAACUGAAGUUUUAUGCCUUUACCAGACGUUGCUUCAGAAUACGUAUACGAACACGUGGAGGUAGAUUUAGACGGAUUUGUCGUCGUGUACCCUUUUUGGUACGCUUGACAUACCGUAAGCCUUAAAUAAACAUCCCAGUGUUUGCUUCAUUCGUGGUACAACAAAGCACAAAUAUUAACUUCACAAGAUGGCGAUGCCGUUCUUUAACUUCUUUUCUAAUAUUCAGCAAGUUAAUCAUUAUAAGUUUAUAACCAAAUAUCCACAUGUAUUAAUACCACGAUUGUUGUAUUUUAUCUUGUCUACGACGUUUUUUCACGAUAUUUUGAAAAAUAAACUCUUAAUAACACAUUG